ACAAACAUAUUUAAAAAAUCACGUUUUCGAAAAGCACGUAUUGUUCUGACCAGGGAAUUUUUUUUCUUAAAUAUGUCUGAUUCAGAAGAUGAUUAUAAUUCCGGAGAGGAUGGUGAUUAUGUACCAUCAGGCGAAGAUGAGAGUGAAGAUGAUUAUGAUGAGAAAGAUGGCAAAAAUGCAACAUUCCUACCUUGUUGGAUUGAUGGUAGUGCACAAGACGAUGAAGAAAGUAGUGAAAAGAGAAAAAAGAGAAAGAAAACAAACAGAGAUUCUCCUUCAAAAAGAAAGAGAGAAGGAGGAAUUAAGUUGGAUGAUGUUGAAGAACAUGGUGAGGAAGAAGUAAAAAAAGAAUUAACAACUGUAGAUAAUUUAACAGAUGAGUUGGCAUCUAUUAAAGAAAAAAAACUGGAAGAAAAAAAGAAAGAAAGAGCAGAUGAUCUGUGGAAUAGUUUUUUGAAAGAUGUUGGACAGCCAGUAAAGAGCAAUGUUGUAAAAACCACCGCUUCAGCAUCAAAUGCUACUGCAUCUAAUGAUGAUGUGCCAAAGAAAACAGAACCAGCAACUGAUGUCAAAGAAAAGAAAAAUACAGUUACUGUCACACAAAUAUUUGAUUUUGCUGGUGAAAAAGUAGAAGUGAAAAAAGAGGUUGAUGCUAAUUCAAAGGAGGCUAAAAAGAGUUUGAAAGAAAUAACAAGUGAAAAAACAUUUGAUAAACCAACCACAUCAAGUAGCUUAGGAAUAAAGAGACCACAGGGAGGUCUGGGGAGCAUCCUCAACAAGAUAAGCAAGAAACCUAAAAUAGGCACCCUUGUAAAAUCUAGACUGGACUGGAAUUCAUUCAAACAAAAGGAAGGUAUUGACGAUAAACUCAAAUUGCACAACAAAGGCAAAAAUGGGUUUUUGGAAAAGAGGGAUUUCUUGGACAGGGCAAAUCAACGGCAGUACGAGAUUGAGAAGAGCUUCAGAUUGGGUUUAAACAAGAGUACAAGGUGACCUUCAAAAUGAAAGAUUGACAAGAUGCAAGAUGGAUAAUAAGCUUCAAGGACAUCAGUUGCCAUGUCACCAAGAUUGGAAAUUUUAAAUAAUUAUUACAAUUCAUUUACUAUAGUUUCAUUAUAAUAUUGAGGAUUCCAUUAGCUAAAUUACAGUCUAUUUUUUCCAAUAUUCUUAUUGUAUUUAUAAGACUUGCAUAUGAUGAAUGACUCUGCAAGUGUAAUUAUCAAUGGUCACACUCAGCUAAGAUCUAAUUAUCCAUGUUAAAAUGAAAUUAACUUGAUAAUUAACUACUAUAUUUACUAUAUUUUUUUUAACGUAAAAUUGUUCACUGGGUAUGUACGAUUAUUUUAUUUGGCUGCUAUAUCUUAGUCACACUGUUGAGUAAAUAAACUUGAUAUGUAUGGUAUAUCUGUAUUAGUCAUGUGGUCCGCACACCAUAGAGUAGUUUUGUUUUAUACAAUUACUGUAUGUACAUUAUUAAAAUAGUAAGUUAAUAAAGCACACUUCAUGGAGGUUAAAUUAGGUGUAGCCUACAGCCAUACAGUAAUGUUCUGGUAACAAAUCUUCGGAGAUAAGGACUAUAAAUCGUAUGCCCAGUGUAAACUAUUGUCUUGUAUACAUUUUAAAGGGCAUACACGAAGUAACUCGAGCUACUAGUCCACACAUGAAGCUCUGUCAGCAUCUUGUUAGAUGGAUACCGGUGCCAUAGCAUUGCAAACAGUCUAAAUUAGGUUAGUUCCCAGAUUUUUGCUUGUGGCAGUAGAUUUGUUAUCAUUGAUUAAAGUUAUAGAAAGUACUUGCAGUUAAUAAGUUCCCUGGUUAUACAGUAGUAGGAUAUUAUAGAAACAACAAUGAAUGUUUAUUAAUACUAUUUGUUAGAUGGAGCAUUCCAUCUUUCUAAUCAUGAAAAAAUUCUAGAUAUUUCUUUUAUAUAUCAGUAAAGAGCUAUAUUAUUAUGAGCCAAUUUGCUGCCGAGAUUGUCUGUGUUUAAUGGUAGUGCACAAUCAAACCCACAUGGUCUUACCUAAUACCAAUGCAUUUCAUCGACUAGGACUCAAAAACAACAUGAUGAAUUCGGCAAUGACAGCCAUGCCAUGCACCUUUUACAUAAAAUGGAACCAUUAAACUAAUUCUACAUUCUCUGAUUACCAAUAAAAUAGCAAAAACAUAAGUACUGUUCUGUAUGUUGUAUAUAAAUGAUUAAUAAUCAUAAAAGAACUGCUUUACCUGCAUCAAAACUGAGUGGUAAUGAAAAAGUAUGGUAUGUGAAUAAAGUUUAUCUGAUUUUUAUUA